AUGACUACUGCCGACGUUAUUGCCAAGAUAGCGGCCGCUGAGAUGGUUCUCGACAACGGGACCACAGCGUCGGCUGCCCGGGAUCUGCGCGCCCAGACACGCACGCCCGAGCUCCAGACGAAUCCGCCCAGCCAGAGCGACGGCAACGGGAACCGCAAUGGCCGCGGCCGACCGAUUGGCCAGAAGGCCUCGAUCCUGGACGCCCAGCAUCCUCCCGGCACCCCGGGCCACAUCCCGCCGUUUGACUGGGACGAGUUUGAGGCUCGCUACGAGCAGGCCCUGGUCGAGAUGAACGGCGAAGAAAAGGAGCUGCUGGAGGAUUUCGACCAGCUCGUAAACUACUUUAACGUGUGGGCGACUGCCGCGUCUGCCCACGACGACGAGCGGGCCGUAAAGCGUCUACAGACGAGGGAGCGAUACGUCAAGAUUGCCGAACAGAGCCUUGGUCAGAGAAAGCAACACCUCACCGAAGUGGUCCGCGCCUUUCAGAAUCUGUUUGCCUUUCACGAGGCUCACUUCUCCGGGCAUGCAACGAAUGACUUCAAGACCACAUUUCUAGAUGGAGAGCGUCACGGUACACGCGACCAUUCCCACCCCCUUCUCGACACAUUCGAUGAGCUUGUCGACGGGGAGGGCGGAGAUAACGAUGAGAGUGGCUGGACGACCCAAGACCUCACGCCUCUCAAUUUGAUAUCUGGCCAGGAAGGAGCUUCAGAGAUUCAGUGCUACAAUCUAUAUGCUGCUGAUGGCGAGGUUUCGGAGUCCUUUCGAGAAACUCUUAGCGACGACGUACCCUUGAUGGACGGCGACAGUACUAGCGAAGCCCUCGGCGAUGCCGCAGGGGGACUCAAAAUGACUACCUCCCAGAAGAAAAGGAGGAGGCGUAAGAACAACAGCAACAACACAAAGCGAUACCAGGAGAAGCCUGACUUGCGGAAGCGAACAUGGGAUGUUGUGGACAGCGGUCUCGGCAGCCUGGAUUACGAUGAUAUGGAGCAGCGCCAGGCUUCGUGUCUAGUGCCACCACAACGCCGGCAAGUUACAUAUGACGAUGACUGA